UGAUCAUGUUUUCAUUUUGAAAAAUGUAGGUUUUGUUUUAACAAUAAUAAUUGAUUUUAAUUUCACUUACUACUAAAUUAGGUUUAAGUAUAUAAUUGUAACAUGAAUUAUAUUGAUUAUCUUAGAUUAAUGAGAAUCGUACAAACUAUUUAAUGUUUGAAAUCAGUUAUCAAUUUAUUUGAGUAUUAUUACAAAUAUAAGUUAAAUAUUUAGGCAGUAGAUAAAAUACUAAAAUGUCGGAAGGAACACGAAUAAAUUCUGAACAAAUGUUGAAUAUGGACACUAAUACAUUGCUUAAACAAUUGAAGCAUUAUUUCCAUCAUCAGACCUUCAAAAGUGAUUUACAAAAGAAUGCCAUUAUUGCAAUAUUAAAGCGAAAAUGUGAUGUAUUUGUAUCAAUGCCAACUGGAUCUGGAAAGUCAUUAUGUUAUCAACUACCUGCUGUACUUCAUUCGCCUAAAGUUACAAUAGUUUUUUCUCCUCUUAUAGCUUUAAUGAAGGAUCAAGUUGAUCAUUUAACACGUUUAAAAAUUCGUGCUGAAACAAUUAAUUCAAAAAUGACUGAAUCUGAACGAAAACGUGUUAUUAAUGAUUUAUAUUCUGUACAAGUAACUACUUCAUUACUUUAUGUAACCCCUGAACAAGCAGCUACAGAAUUCUUUAAGGGAUUAUUAUCCUAUUUAGUACGAAAAAAUAAAUUGGCUUAUAUAGUGGUAGAUGAAGCACACUGUGUAAGCCAAUGGGGUCAUGACUUUAGACCUGACUAUUUGAAAUUGGGACUGUUAAGGGAACUUUAUCUUCAUAUUCCAUGGAUUGCACUUACAGCUACAGCUAGUGCCGAUGUUGUUAAAGACAUUAUGGAUGUAUUAUGCCUAAAAAAACCAGUCUCAAAGUUUACAACACCAUGUUUUCGAUCAAACUUAUUUUAUGAUGUUAUAUUUGAUGAUUCUAUUGGAAAUUCUUAUCAACAUUUGAAAGAAUUUAUUGAUCAAUGUUUAUGUGAUGAUAUAAAUUAUUUGGAAAAUACUCCUAACAUAAAUCCAUUGAAUCAACCAUGUGGUAUAAUAUACUGUAGAACGAGAGAAUUAACUGAAGAAAUAGCCACAGUUCUUAGUCGGAAAGGUGUUUCCAUUGCCCCUUAUCAUGCUGGGUUAAAAGAUAAAGAACGACUUGCGGUGCAAGAAGCAUUUAUGAGUGGACAUAUUCAAGUUAUAACAGCAACUGUAAGCUUUGGAAUGGGAAUUGAUAAAGCAACUGUAAGGUUUGUCGUACACUGGGGUAUACCAUCUAGCAUACCAGCAUAUUAUCAAGAGUCUGGCCGAGCUGGAAGAGAUGGAAAAUUAGCUCGAUGUCGAAUUUACCAUUCAAAACAAGCAAAAAAUUCAUUAGAUUUCAUUUUAAAAUCUGCAAUAACUCAAGCUAAAACUCAAGAUAAACAAAAAAAAGCUAAAGGAAGUUAUAGCAUGUUUCUUAAGAUGAUACAGUUCUGUGAAAGUGUACAAUGUAGACAUGAAUUUUUUGCUGAUUUUUUUGGAGAUACCAAACCCCAAUGCAUUGAUAAAUGUGAUGUAUGCUCAAAUAAAGAAGCUGUAAAAAUAGAUUUAGAUGUAUUUAUGUAUGGAAUAAAUAACAGGAAUCAUACAAUUGUAUCAAAUGAAAAAUUAGUAUCCAGUGAUUUUUAUGGAGGAGGACGCAAUGCUAUUAAUGAGGAAAGUGAAGAAUAUGCACGUGAGGGUGAAAGAGAAGAGCACAAAAAAAAUUUAGAACUAGAAUUAGAAAUAAAACGGCAGUUUGAAAUUAGAAGAGCUAAUAUACAAAAUAUUAUUAAAGAAAAUGAAGAAUUAGUAAAAAAUUCAAAAGUUAGAGCAGCUGCAUCUACAAUAAAAAAAGUUAAUGGUUUGCAGUUAUCAGUAAGAGAAGAAUUAUUGAGGUUCAUUGAAGAGUAUUUGGAGAAAAAUAUUGAAGCAUGUUCUUUAUUUGAUUCACUAACAGAAAUAACAAAAGAUGAUCUUCAUAAUAUUGCAGUGGACUUAGAAUAUGAAGCAUUUACUAGUUCAAAAGUUGUAGCUGUUUAUCGGAAAAAAAUUGCUAAAACAGUAUCCCUUAUUAAGGCAGAAACAAGAGCAUCAAACAUAUUUGACAAAAUAAAAAAUUAUACACGACCAGAGAAAAUUAAAGAAGAAUCUAAAGUUAAUUCAAAUAUUGAACUCCCUCCUAUUGUUACAGCUUCAGAUCUUAUUCAAGCUCAAAUAAAAAAUAAAGCGCCUGAGCCAAAAAUCAAAAGAGGGAUUAAACGAGAUCAUUUAAUGCAGCAAUCAAUGAAAUCAUUUGUAUUUUCGACUACUUCUACUUCUGUAACAGAGAAUGAAGAAUGUGCUACAAAAAAACCUAGAAUAGAGAAUACUGAUAGUGACAUGGAAAUAUCUUCGGAUGACGAAGUUCAUAUUAUAGAAAGUACUAAUAUAAAUGAUCCUAAAAUCUCGGAAACUCCAAUUAAAGUAGAAGAAUUAUAUCCUGAACAGCAAACAAACUAUGCAGCAUUUAACAUUGAACCCAAAUUUAAUGAAUCAUAUUAUCAAACUACAUCUACUAAUAUACAAGUACCCAAAAUAAUUAUGGCUUCCAAUUUAAUAAAAAACAACCAUGAAUCCAGUUCAACAUAUGAUUCUUCUAAAGAUUUGUUAAACGUUGAAAGUGACUAUUUAGCUAUGAAUAAUAUGCCACCAACAAAACAAGACCAAAAAAUUCUUAUUACUCCUAAUAACACAUGUUCAAAUAGUACAAAAAAUAUUGAAAAUGGUGUAUCACAUAUUCAGUCUAAAAGUAACAAAUCACUAAUAGCAGAAAAAAAUAUUUCUGAAAUUUUUAAGGAAAUUUCAGAAAUUUUAACUCCAUCAGAAAAUGAAAAAGAUUUAACUAUACAAAACAAUGAACUCCUGAUACAGCAAAAGCAAAAUGAUAUAAAACAAUCAUCAAUUGAACAUAGAUUACAUGUUCAGCAAAAUGCUGAAAUAUCUGCAAUAAAGAAUAUGAAUAAUCUCUUCGGUGAAGAUAGUGAUGAUGAAAGUAAAUUAGCAUUAGUUGAUGUUAAAAAAAAAUCCUUAGGUGUCCGACUUGGUAUGUCAUCAAAUGUAAAUUUUACUAAUAAGACAAAUAAAAAUUCACAAGAGUCAUUGAAAAUAAAUAAAAAUAAGACUGAGGAUCCGAAUAACAAACAAAAAAAAUUUGAAUUGUCAAAUUUGGUUGUAAAAUUAUUAAAUCCUUACUACAAAAAUAAUUUAUUUAAAACUAAAGAAUUAUUUAAAUUUAUGGCAAGACAAAUUGUUCAUAAACUGUUGGAGUCUACUAGUCAUCCAGAAGAGCAAAACAUCAAAUUAAUUAUCAGAAAAUUAUUUCCAAAGGAACAGAAAAUAAAGAUUGAAUCUGAAGAUCAAAUAUUGAAGUUAUUAAGAUCAAUUCCUUAAUAUUUCAUAUUUAAUUUUAUAAAUUGUUAUGAUGUUUUUGUUGAAUAAUGUGUUUGUUCCUUAUAAUUUUACUUUAGUAAGUGUUAUCAGAUUUAAGUGAUAAAAUUAAGUUUAUUUUUAUAUAUUUUUUAAUUUUAUUUUAUUUUGCUGAAAAAAGACUUAUAUUAGUUAUAUUUAAUUAAUUUUUUUUUGUAAUGAAAGAGUUAAAAGGACAAUUUUAAAUAUUUCUAUAAUUUUUAAAAUAAGUAUAAUUUAUUUAUAAAUGUGUAAUAUUAUUAUGUGACUUGAUGUUUGAAUAGUUGGACAUAAUUUAUGUAAUAUAUCAAAAUAUACCUAUGUAUAGGUAAAUUGGUAGUCCAGUAAUUAAUUUUUAUUGGUAACAUGGACAUAGACUUUGCCAAAUUUAAAUACUUUUACACUUUAAUAUCAGUUUAUCAGUUAUCAUGUUUUAUUACAUAUCUAUAUGAUUUAAUAAAAAUUAAAACAUCUUCCAACAGUUUUUUAUUUGUCAUUAAAAAUAUUUUGUAUUUUGUAAUUUUAUUUUAUUGGCACAUAGUCAAUACUUGUUCAUGUUAAUAUAAAUUGUAGAUUACCAUGAAUUCUGAUUGAUAACCUUAUUUUAAUGAUCACAUUUUUUAUGAUAAAUUUUUUUUACUUUUAUCUUUUUAAUUAUUUAACUUGUUAAUGCAAAUAUUUAAAUUUCUUAUGAAUAUGGAUAAAAUUAUUUUCUAUAAUUAUUACAACAGAUGACUUCACCACAAAUCAUCUGGUAAGCUACAUCUAUUCAUGCAACACAUAAAUCAUAAUUUAAUGCCAUAGUUUUUUAUUGAUACACUAUCUUAAUAUCUAUAUUUGUCUUAUGUUACAUACAGGUUUUCUUACUGAUGUCAAAACAAUAAAAAUGUUUGAAUUAUAGGAAUAAAGAUAAAACAGGUUGAACCCGAAUAAUCCACAAAAUACUGACCAAAAAUGUAUUUGUAUAUUUAACCUUCAAAUCAUAAUUUCUCGAUCUAUUUUGUUAAUGUUCCCUUUAUAAUAAUUACUAUUUAAAUAUGUUAAACUAUUUACAUAAAGACAAUUUUUUUAAAUAAGUACCUAAUUAUAUUUUGGUUUAUAAGUUGAAAAUUAAAAAUUGUAUUAGUAGGUUAUUUAAAAAAAUUAAAUUGUUAUAAAUAAAUAUAUGUAAUAAAUAAUAA